UGAAGUAAACAGAAGACCAUUGGCUGUCCAGAUUCCCUCAAAAUAGCGCUAUAAUGAAUGCAAACACCGUUUCCUAAGAUUCUGUGACGGACUAACAGUGCAAUCGGAGCGUAUUAUCCACGUGUGUGGAGCGGUUAAUUUGAUUAAAUUAGCUAAGCUUUGAAACGCAAAGUGUGGAUUGAUGGAGGCGACGUCUUUCAAAAACUGAGCGCGGGACCAACGUUUUGUUUUAAAUUCAGCGACUUUAUGUUUCUAAAAGUGUGUAUCUUCUCCCGUGUGCGGAGUUGCUGUUUGCCGGUGGCACUUGUCUUUCUUUGUGCAACUCUUCUCCAAGCAUGCUUGAACCUCGCGGUGCACGGGCAGUGUGAGCAUCGCCAAACCUUCCUCAACAUCCCCAAACUAUGGCCAGUGAUCACAGUUUAUAGAAGAGGAUUACUUAAACUACGAAGUCACUCCUUUUACCCGUUCUCUGCCCCCUUGAGCCGCCUUAAACCCCGUGUACCCUCAGUCACCGCGGCUGAAUUGUCGAGGAACAAGCGAGCGAACAUUGCGCCCUUUUCAUAGAGCAGCGCGAGAGGAAACAUGGAUGUAUUUUAUCCUUCAGCCGGUGGGAAUUCUCUUCCCGGGGACCCGCAGAACAUGGAUUUUUCCCACUGCCUUGGAUACUACAACUACAACAAGUUUGGUAAUAACAACAACUAUAUGAACAUGGCUGAUGCCAAUGGAGCUCUGUUAACUGGGGCAGAUACGUUUCACACUCCGAGUCUUGGUGACGAGGAGUUUGAAAUCCCCCCCAUCACGCCUCCUCCUGAGACAGAGCAUGGUUUGGGCCUACAGGAGAUGGACUCGCCUUACCUACCUGACCACCCCAACUCUCAGCGGGGGUCAUUUAUCCCACAGUUUCCACCUCAGAGCCUGGAGCUCCCCUCAAUCACCAUUUCCAGAAAUAUGAUGGAGCAGGAAGGAAUCAACCAUGGACACCCCGGGGGCGUUGGUCAGACCCACCUGCGUCAGUACCCUCCAAACCCCACCAUGGUUAUGCGCUCCAUCAUUAGUAUGCACAACCCCAAUGGUAUGAUGUCGCAAAACCAGCUUACAACCAUCAACCAGUCACAGAUCAACACACAGCUUGGGCUUAAUAUGACUGGAUCAAACAUAGCUCACACAUCCCCAUCUCCACCCACCAGCAAAUCGGCCACGCCCUCUCCCUCCAGCUCUAUUAAUGAAGAUGAUCAAGAGGAAGGAAACAGGGUAAUUGGUGAAAAGCGCCCUGCCCCCGAUACUGGUAAGAAGCCAAAGACACCCAAGAAAAAGAAGAAGAAGGAUCCCAAUGAGCCCCAGAAACCAGUUUCUGCAUACGCUCUGUUCUUCAGAGAUACCCAGGCAGCCAUUAAAGGCCAGAACCCAAAUGCUACAUUUGGAGAGGUGUCCAAGAUUGUAGCUUCUAUGUGGGAUGGACUGGGAGAGGAGCAGAAACAGGUUUACAAAAGCAAAACAGAAGCAGCAAAGAAGGAGUACCUAAAAGCUCUAGCAGCAUACCGUGCAAGUCUUGUUUCAAAGGCUGCGGCAGAGUCAGCUGAGGCCCAAACUAUUCGCUCAGUGCAGCAGACCCUCGCCUCCACCAGCCUCUCUCCAGCACUUGUGAUGCCUUCCCCUUUGUCCCAGCACCCUUCAAUGUCUGCUGCUGCACAGGCACUCCAGCAGGCACUGCCUCGAACCAUCGCCCCCAAACCCCUGCAAAUGCGUGUUGGCAACAGCCAGAUCGUAACCUCUGUCACGGUAGCUCAUCAAAACAUGACACCCGGUGGCAUUCAGUCGCAGCUUCUGGGACAGAUGGGAGCGGGCGGUCCACAGUCGGGUGUGUCAUCACAAAUGAGUCCGCCGAUGCAGCCACGGCAUGCCGUCAUGCAGCAGCAGAUGCAACAGCAGCAGCAAAUGCAACAGCACUUGCAGCACCAUCAAAUGCAGCAGCAGCAAAUGCACCACCAGCAGAUUCAACAGCAAAUGCAGCAGCAGCAUUUCCAGCAUCACCUGCAGCAGCAGCUUCAGCAGCAUCACAUGCAACAGCAGCAUCAGCAAAUGCAACAGCAGCAAAUGCAAAUGCAGCACAUGCAGCAGAUGCAUCAGCAUCAAGUGCAGCAACAUCUCCAGCAGUCGCAUCAGCAAUCUCAAUGUUCGCCUGUGCAGCACUCGCCUAACACGCUUCACUCCACCUCUCUCGGCAGCCCCCCAGCUCCUCCUCCGCCCCAGCCUCACCCCUCCCAGGUACAGGCUCAUGCCCAGGUCCUGUCACAAGUGAGCAUCUACUGAACUAAAACCCUGAGUCCCAACUCCAAGAGAACAGCAGAAGGAAGUUGUUAUUGAAAAGCAUCAUUACAAGGUUGCUUUUUUAAGUUGCACUUAAGAAGUGUGUAAGAAAUAUGAAUGUUUUACAAAGAACUGUCCUUUGUUUUAGAUGGAUAAAUGAAACGUGUUAAAAGGACAAAGCAUCUUAAAUGGAGUUUUUGUCUAUAAGAUAGGCUGAGCUACAGGGAGGUCUGUUCAUAGACUUGAGUGCCCAGUAGUCAUUUGUUUUUACAUUUAGUUCAUUGAUUUUUGCUGUCUCCAUUGUGGAAUUAAAACUCUGUUAGAGCAUGAUGACGUGAGCAAAACACUUUGGGACGUUCACAGGAACACACGAUGGUUUUAUUUAACAGCUUUGUUUAUGAGAUCGGUUUCAUUGGAUUUACUCUCAACACCGGACAAAAUGAAAAGACUGGAUUUCUGUGGAUGGUGAAUUCAGAAAGAAUGCACUGUAUAACAUAAGGGAAAGAACUGUAGUGAACAAUAAACAAGUACUAAACUGGUCAUCAAAGACAUACUUUAAUGGCUCUUGCACUCUCCUGCCAGAAGUCUACCUUGUUUUCUUCCAUUUUUCCUUAUCCUGCUUGUCAUUCUCCCAGAUGCAAAUGUUUAACAGUCACUUUUGGGAAAUCCUCAAUCAAAUCAUCCAUCUUUUUGCUGUGUUAUCAAACAAGAAAUCUUGAGUAGCAUUUAAUUAAAAUAUGUAUAACACUCUGGGUUUUCCUGGAUAGAACAUUGGACUAUCUGACACAAUUCCAUUGAUCUUUUCAGUCUCAUCAUGUCUCCAAACACACUCUGUGUGACCUGCUGUAUGUGUUCUGAGGAAAGAGCUGAAGAAGUUCUUGGAGGAUUCGUCAUAUCUGGUCAAAACUCUCAAAAGCUUAUUCACUCCAGCGUGUAGUAACGGCACUCUGAAAAAUAAUUAUUUUACCUCAGAAGUUGCAUUGAAUAAAUAAUGUUUUUUAUUAUUUUAUUUUUUUCAUUUUCUUUUGUGUAAUGGAAACACAUUGUAUGAAAAAAAGGCUAAAUUACUGAAUUUAGGCUUAUGGUUUACUAAUGGAGGUAUUUUUAUUCCAUGAUACUCUACACUACACAAUGAAAGCAUUUAUACAGGAUUCUUAUCAGAUGUGGGUUUAUUUUGUUCAUGCACUAUCAUGGAAAUGACAUGGAAGUACAGUAUAUUGUGCCAGCUGUACAUGAAUCAGUGGUAAAGAUAAAAGUAAAAUUAGGUUGUAUAUAUUUCAUACCACUUGUUGUAAAGUUUUAACAUACAAGGCUUUAAAAUGCAGAAUUUCGCAAGCUGACCUGUGUCCUGCUUUAUCUCAUAGUGCUCUUUUCUACUUUUUAUGAGUUACAGUAGCAGCAAAUACAUUUUUCCCAGUAUUCUUUUAUACACUUCAAAAGUAAUUGCUUUUAAAACAGCACUAUAAAAUACAGUUCAUGUCAGUUGGGAACUCCCAUCUGUUUUUAAACUUUUACAUGCCAUUUAUUAAUUUGGAAAUGUUUUUUGCCAUUCAAAAACACAUUAAAAAGUGGCAUUCCAUCAUCAGAAUGAUGAGACAUCAUUUUGUAUUAUAUUUCUCUGUGUCUCACUGUUUGCAAUUAAAAUAACAAUCCAAGAUAUUUAUUUCAAGGAACUGAUUCAUUUCAAAGAUUAUAUUAGCCAUACCUUUGUAUAAAAUAUUUCC